GCCCAACAAGCCAAAUUCCUCAGUGAUGUGGAGAACGAGCUGGAGGAGCUGGCAGUCACCAUCGCACAGGCCAAGAAGAUGGUGGAGCUCAUUAAGGGUGCUGCCACAAAGGAGAGGGAAAGUGUCAAGAAGCUCUUUGCAGAAGCCUCUGAGGUCCUGGCAGCCUUCCAGAAGGAGGUGGCUGGUUUCAUCGAGGACGGGGAGCGCUCCAUGCUGGGGGAGGCCGAGGCCGAUCUCCGCUGGAAGGAGGAGAGACGAGCCAAGCUCACCCAGUGCAAGCAAAACCUGGAGAACGUCCCCAGCACCAACACCAUCUACUUCCUCCAGGAAUUUCAGGCUUUAAAAGUAGCCAUGGAAGAAAACCUCUGCCCUGCUCUGAGCUUCCAGAACGAGCUGAACUUCACCAAAUGCACCAAAGCUGUGGGUGCCGUGAAGGAUGUGCUGUCUGCUGCCUGCAAAAACCAAUGGGACCACUUGCAGGGGAAAGGAAUUGAUGGGCUGAGUUUCCAGGAGACAGAGGAAGCAUUGGCCGAGUCCCGAUUUGCAGACAAGUCGAACAAUCCCGCCUGCCUGGAGAGCCGCGAUUACUUCCUGAAAUUUGCCUUCAUCAUUGACCUGGACAGUGACACAGCCGACAAGUUCAUCCAACUGUUUGGCACCAAAGGGGCCAAGCGGGUGCUGUGCCCCAUCCCCUACCCAGAGAGCCCGACCCGGUUCAUCAACUGCGAGCAGGUACUGGGGGUGAACCUCAUGAACCGGGGCAACUACUACUGGGAGGUGGAGCUCAUCGAUGGCUGGGUCAGCAUUGGCAUCAUCGCUGAGGACUUUGACCCCCGGGAGUCCUACAACCGUGGGCGCCUGGGGCGGAACGAGAAGUCCUGCUGCCUGCAGUGGAACGGACAGAACUAUGUCGCCUGGUUCGGUGGCUUUGAGUCUGUCAUCCAGCAGCCAUUUUUCCACACAAUUGGAGUCUUCCUGGAGUAUUCAGAGAAGGCCCUGACCUUCUACGGAGUCAAGGACUCGAAGAUGACCUGCCUGCAGCAACUCAAGGUCUCCCCUUUUGCCAAGGGUCAGUUUGACCCAUUCCAGAACAAGAUCAACCAACAGUUCGCCUCUCUUUUCUUGUGCAAGCUGAAACCAGCUUUCUUCCUGGAGAGCGUUGAUGCCCACCUGCAGAUCGGGCCGCUGAAGAAAGACUGUGUCUCGGUGCUCAAGCGUAGGUAA